CCAUGCCAUUUGAAUUUAUAAUUUAUAUGCCAUAUUUCAGUAGGAUAACUAUGGUACCAACCCGUUUAUUAACAAAUAAAUGAAGGCAGAAGCAGCAGAGGAAGAAAUGAGCCGGGGUUGGACCAGAUGCUUCUGAUUGCACCAGAAGUGAUUUUAGAAGGCUGCAGGCGUCUUUUCUCACUUUCGAUGACAUCCCUUUGCGUUGGGGGAUGACAGCAGGGAUCUGUAGACGGGUAAUGCAAGCAAGUAUGACGGAGAAACCCAAUGGAAUUCUCAACGGCGUCUUCUUCUCUUCCCCCAGCCCCGUUUCACCGAGCCUUCCUUUCCUCAAGCGUGGAAGGUGAUGGGACAACGAUCUUCAGAGUUUCAGAAACCGGAAGGGAAGACUUUCUCCUUAACACAGAGUCCAAAUGGCCCCACUCCUAUAAUGGAUAGCGUGGAGAAUUCAUCCUCCGUUAAUCCGCAUCAGUGCCCUCUAACCGCUAACAUGACCUCCCCGUCUGUUGUGCACAUCCCCUAUUUGCUGAGCGACAGCCUGACUGCUCUGCUGUCCAUCGCGGGCAACCUGUUUAUCUGUACGGUCAUCUUGCGGAACAGGAAGUUGCGUUCCACCGUCACCAACUAUUUCCUGCUCUCGCUGGCUGUGGCAGACUUCUUGGUCGGGGCGGUGGUCAUCCCCUGUGCCCAGUUCACCGAUGUAGGGCUGCCCCAGUCCAGGCCCCAGCUGUGCCUCCUGAUGCUUUGUUUGCUCCUGAUGUUUACCCAAGCCUCGAUCUUUGGGCUGCUGGCGAUCGCUGUGGAGAGAUACAUCUCCAUCCUGAAGCCCUUCCAGUACCAGUCUCUGCUGAGCCCUCGCAAUUCCCUGCUGGUGAUUGCAGCUUCUUGGCUGCUGUCCAUCUUGACCGGCCUGGUCCCUGUGAUGGGCUGGCAUGACCCCCUGCCCCCCAGCAGGGAGUGCCUUUUCAACAGCAUCAUCACCAACGCCUACAUGGUCUACUUCAACUUCAUGAUGUGCAUGUUGGUCCCCUUGGUGGUCAUGUUGAUGCUGUACGGGCGCAUCUUCUUGGAGAUCAGGCGCCAGAUCCGCAAAGUGGCCGAAGGGGAGGUCAACAUCAGCGCUCAGAGGAGACGCCGGAUCAUCGCCCACAAGGAGAUGCGGACGGCCACUUCGCUCUUCAUCAUCCUCUUCUUCUUCAUUCUGUGCUGGCUGCCGCUUCACAUUCUCAACACCGUCAUGCUCCUCUGUCCCAGCUGUUGCAUCCCCAGUCAGCUGAGCCUGGCCACCAUAAUCCUCUCCCACGCCAACUCUGCCAUCAACCCGGUGGUUUACGUCUUCCGCGUGCGAUCCUUCCGAGACGCCCUCGGAAGCACCCUCCUCUGCAUCUGUGGCUCCGGCCCACUUCCCGCAUCUGGGACGAUGCCCGCCAACAUUUUAGAAGUGCCACCACUUCAUAACACUUUCCUGCCAGGCAAGUAAAAAUCAGGCGUUUGGGUGGAGCUAUCAAACCAUUCUUUAAAUUGGAAAGAAAAAAUCAGAGCCAUUAAUCAACUCUCCACAAGAGGGGGCAGGAAGACCUGAAAAUAUUAUUUUUGCUGUGGUAGCGGGGAAGGAAAAUCCUGAGCCUCAGCCAGACCAACUUACAGCUCACUGCCUACUUAUUUUUCAAAAUUAUACCAAGAACACUACACUACUGGACCCAAUUCCCCAGAACUAAGUAUAGACUUCUUGGAAAACUAAACAUUUGCUUUCUGGAUCACGUAGCUGUUGAUGAGUUGCAUUUACCGAGCAGGUGCUGAGUAAGGACAUGUUCUAAGACAGGGUUGUCCAACCUUGGCCA